UAUUGACCGCAGGGCUAUCGAAAAGUCAUCGUAGGCUGAACUGCAGGCCUGUCGUGCUCGUUUCUGUCGUACCUGCCUGGUUUGCAAAUUAAUAAAUUUUGCUUAUCGUGCGGAUUUGCAAUCACAUAUGGCAACAAAGUUGCCAGAAACCCAAUUAAAAGUGAAACUGAUGAAAAAGUGUGUGAAAAUAAGGAAGAAAACUUUAUGAAAUUUUCAGCUGCCAAUACGAAGCAAGGCACAAAGAGCAAACAAAAGAAACAAUGAGCGAGCGAAACAGCAGGCCCCAGUGUGAUAGCUAGUGCAACUCUUCUUUCCAAAUAAAACAAAACAAAUGAGAAACAAAGGAUAGAAACCCCGAAAAACUCCGCACACACACACGCACACCAAUACAUACAAUAGGAAGAAAAGCAGAUGAUGAAGCAGGCAAAAACUGGCCGAUAAACGACAAUAAAGUUAAUAAAAAAUGUACGACUAUAAACUCCUAUUUUUAUAAAUCAGAUUGAACAAAAACUAACUGUGAACAGAGUGCUUAGUUUGCAGCAAUGCAUGCGAACUGCAAGUGAAAGGAGAAAAUCCGUUGUCAUCGGCUAAUAAAACUGUUUCUCUGUCUGUGUCUGUGCCUGUGCAUGUGUAUCUGUGUGUGUGUGCGCGUUUGCAAGUGUGAGUGUGUGGAAUUGGGUUUGGGGUUGGUAAAUUGUGAAAAGUGUUAAACGCCACAAGGCUUUUCCCCCGCACUCCUCCCGGAGCAAGAAUUUUAAUUUCAAAAAAUGCCCAGCGCCUCGUUCACAUCAUCGCGCACCUAUGUGCGCCGCUCCAGACGAAAAGGAGCCAAUCGCAUUGCCAUGCCAAAUCGCCCCACUGGCAAUAUAAUGGAUCCCAUGCUGCAGCAGUCUGUGCAUGCCCAGCAAAACAAUGCCGCAACCACAAGCACAGCCUCCGUGGCAGCAUCAGCAGCUGGAAGUAGCAAUAGCUCCAACAAUAGUAACAGUAACAACAAUAAUGCAGCUCCUGGCAGCGCCAACUCCACGGAGUACUUCGACAGCGGUCAGUCGACGAGUAGUGCCGCUGGGGGCAGCAGCAGCAAUGGUACAACCGGACCCUCCUCUGGUCUUAAUCAAAACCAGAGCAUGAGUAAUAUCUACAAUGCUGUGCAGAUUAUGGACACCUCCGACGGCAAUUCCGCUCUGGCCAGCACCUCGUCGGCCGCCGGUCCAAGCAACAGCAGCAGCAACAGCCUCACCUGCAACUCAAACUUUCCCAGCACAUCGGCUGCCAGUCAGAAUAGCAGCACCUCCUGCUGCCAUCAGUCGCCAUAUGAUCUGCGUCGCAAGAUAUCCGCUGUGAACAACCACGACCAAUGGUGCUCCACAGGCACCAGCGCUGGCCAAUCGGUGGCCAUAAUGGUUGGUCCAGCCAGCAGUUCGCCACCUCUAUUAAAUCCCAGCACAUCACCUGCCAGCAGCUCCUCAGCUUCAAGCUCGUCAUCAGCCUCGUCGUCGUCAUCGCCAUCGGCCAUUGUGCAGGCACCAUCAACCAGCGCCACCUUUCCCGUAAACAAUGCGCCCACAACAGGUGCAACGCUUGCCCAGCCACCGAAUGUGCAUAGUUCCGUGCCGCAGCAGCAACAUUGCGGUGCGCUUCCAGUGGGCGGUGCAGCAGCGGUCAUUGAGGAGAAUAAUUAUAUGUUGCCGGCACGCAAACGCUCGCGACGCCUCUACACGCAGAGUGGGGAGGCCGACACGGCGGCAAUGCCCAGCAUGGAAGCGGGCAGUGGCGGUAGUGCGGCGAGCGGAGGUGGACCCACGGCCGCCCAAUAUCUGCAGUAUGAAUUGGCAGAUGAGGUGCUUCUGGCCAUAUUCUCUUACCUGCUAGAACAGGAUCUGUGCCGACUGGCUCUGGUGUGCAAACGAUUCAAUACCAUUGCCAACGACACGGAAUUAUGGAAGCGUCUCUAUCAGUCUGUCUUUGAGUACGAUUUACCUCUGUUUAAUCCGGAGCUGUGUAAAUUUGUCUUUGAGAAGCCCGAGGAAUCUGAAUUUGCCAAUCCCUGGAAGGAGAGCUUCCGUCAGCUCUAUCGUGGCGUUCAUGUUCGUCCUGGCCAUCAGGACAGACGGCAACCUGGUCGCAGCAUUGUCUUCUUUAAUACUAUACAAGCAGCUCUCGAUUAUCCUGAGGAGCGUGCCGCUGCAGCCUUUGCCUCGGGCUCCAAUGCUGGCGCUGGCGCUGGUAAUCUCAAUGCUGGUCUCUCAAACACCAGUAGCGCCGGCAGCGGAGGCGCCGCCAGCGUCAAUGCCCUGGCCAACAUAUACGAAGAGAAUGUGCCGCCAGCGGAGCAUCCAGGUCCACUCAUCUUCCUGCAUGCCGGCCACUACAAAGGAGAAUAUCUAUUCAUUGACUCCGACGUGGCACUCGUAGGGGCGGCGCCCGGCAACGUGGCCGAGUCUGUGGUGCUCGAACGAGAGGCCGGCUCCACUGUGAUGUUUGUGGAGGGCGCCAAAUACGCCUAUGUAGGCUACCUGACGCUCAAAUUUUCCCCAGAGGUCACGUCCACGGUGUCGCAUCACAAGCACUACUGCCUGGACAUCGGUGAGAACUGCUCGCCAACGGUGGACAACUGCAUCAUACGCUCCACAUCUGUGGUCGGUGCCGCUGUCUGCGUUGGUGGCGUCAGUGCCAAUCCCGUUAUACGCAACUGUGACAUCAGCGACUGCGAAAAUGUUGGCCUCUAUGUAACGGACUAUGCCCAGGGGACCUACGAGCACAACGAGAUCAGCCGCAAUGCCUUGGCCGGCAUUUGGGUAAAGAACUUCGCGAGCCCCAUAAUGCGUGAGAAUCACAUACAUCAUGGACGCGAUGUGGGGAUAUUCACCUUUGAAAAUGGCAUGGGCUAUUUUGAGAAGAACGAUAUACACAACAAUCGCAUUGCUGGUUUUGAGGUCAAGGCUGGAGCCAAUCCCACGGUGGUCAAAUGUGAGAUACAUCAUGGACAGACGGGAGGCAUCUAUGUGCAUGAGAAUGGACUGGGACAGUUUAUUGAAAAUCGAAUACACUCGAAUAAUUUUGCAGGCGUGUGGAUAACAUCGAACAGCAAUCCCACCAUACGCAAGAACGAAAUCUAUAAUGGCCAUCAGGGUGGCGUCUAUAUCUUUGGCGAGGGUCGCGGACUGAUUGAGCACAACAACAUCUAUGGGAACGCGUUGGCUGGUAUUCAGAUACGGACGAACAGCGAUCCGAUUGUGCGGCACAACAAGAUUCAUCAUGGCCAGCAUGGCGGCAUUUAUGUGCACGAGAAGGGUCAGGGUCUGAUUGAGGAGAAUGAGGUGUACUCCAAUACAUUGGCUGGCGUGUGGAUAACAACGGGCAGCACUCCAGUGCUGCGACGUAAUCGCAUUCACUCCGGCAAGCAAGUGGGCGUCUAUUUCUAUGAUAAUGGGCAUGGCAAGCUGGAGGAUAACGACAUCUUUAACCAUCUGUAUUCGGGUGUGCAGAUACGCACUGGCAGCAAUCCGGUGAUACGUGGCAACAAGAUCUGGGGCGGCCAGAAUGGCGGCGUGCUGGUCUACAAUGGCGGACUGGGUCUGCUCGAGCAGAAUGAGAUUUUUGACAAUGCCAUGGCCGGCGUAUGGAUAAAAACCGACUCGAAUCCCACGCUCAAACGGAACAAGAUCUACGAUGGACGCGAUGGCGGCAUAUGCAUAUUCAAUGGCGGCAAGGGUAUACUCGAAGAGAACGAUAUAUUUCGUAAUACGCAGGCGGGCGUCCUGAUCUCUACGCAAUCGCAUCCGAUACUGCGACGCAAUCGCAUCUAUGACGGACAAGCGGCUGGCGUAGAGAUAACCAACAAUGCAACAGCUACGCUAGAGCACAAUCAGAUAUUCAAGAAUAAAUUCGGUGGCCUGUGCCUGGCCAGCGGUGUGCAGCCAAUUACGCGCGGCAAUAACAUAUUCAACAACGAGGAUGAGGUGGAGAAGGCCGUAUCCAGCGGCCAGUGCCUGUAUAAGAUAAGCAGCUAUACAUCCUUUCCCAUGCAUGACUUUUAUCGCUGCCAGACCUGCAAUACAACGGAUCGGAAUGCUAUAUGCGUGAAUUGCAUAAAGAACUGUCAUGCCGGACAUGAUGUUGAAUUUAUACGACACGAUCGUUUCUUUUGUGACUGCGGUGCCGGCACCCUGUCCAAUCAGUGUCAGCUGCAGGGCGAGCCCACGCAGGACACGGACACGCUCUAUGACUCGGCAGCACCCAUGGAAUCGCACACACUGAUGGUUAACUAGGGCAUCAGCAGCAGCAGCAACAUCAUCAUCAUCAGCAAGAACACACUAAUGGUAUUUUAUGUUUUCAAUUAAGCUUACAAGCUCUCAACUGUUUAGACUUUAAGACGCGCUCGGUAAAGAACAAAAAAAAAAAAAAACAAAAAACAACUCCCAUACACGUGUUGCUGUACAUAUUCACUGAAACACAUACACGCUCACUAUAAUACAAUUCAUUGUAUAUAAAUAAUAAUUAAUCUGCGUUCAAAAUUUAAAUCAAUGUGCAAUUUAGUUUAAACUAAUUCAAAAUACAAUUUAUGGAAAUGCUUCGCUUCUCCCAAUAUCCCACACAAACUGUCACAACGAAACAAAAUACAAUUUCAAAAUAUUGCAUUUCUUUUUGUACGAGAAACGAGAUACUUGAUUAAACGAAGAGACGAGCAUAUGAUUUACGGCUGAUAAACAAUGAUAUAAAAAAAACCCUAAAAAAAAACCCAGUGAAGAAAUCGAUUUUGUAAUGUAGCUAAGUAGAGUUUUUUUUUGGAACUUCCAAUUUAAACUAAAAAAUAAAGCGAAAUGAAAUGUAUUUUAAGCCGUUGACAAACGACAAAAACAACUACAACAACAAUUCGAAAAGCAAUUUUAAGUAUUAAUAACAACUUAGAUGAACGAACAGCAGCCGCUUUUUGCUUUAGCAACAAAACUAACAAGCAUACAAAUAUAUAGAUAUAUAUACACAUUUAUAUAACUAACUAUACAUAAAUACAGUUUACAGAAUCAAAAGCGUUUAAUAAGCAUCAAAAAUAA